CAAAUUGAUCUAAGCAAUAAAACUUGCAAGCUAGUAGUCCUUGUUAAUUAGAUUAACUCUCAUCGAUCAGUUCAAAUCAAAUGGGUUCUUCUCACGUAGCCUUCUUUGCCAUUUCAAUGAUUUUGGUUUCCUCAAUUGCCAUAGCAACUGAUCAUAUGGUGGGUGAUGACAAGGGCUGGACUGUGGACUUCAACUACACUAAGUGGACUCAGGACAAGGUUUUCCAUGUUGGUGACAACCUUGUGUUCAAUUAUGACAAUGCGAAGCACAAUGUGUUCAAAGUGAGUGGUGCAUCUUUCAAAGAUUGCACCAUUCCACCAGCAAAUGAAGCACUCUCCACUGGAAAGGACAUCAUUCCACUGACAACUGAAGGAAGGAAAUGGUACAUUUGUGGGAAGGCUGAUCACUGCAUUGCUCGUCAAAUGAAGUUUGUGAUCAAUGUUGAAGCACAAGCUGCACCUGCUCCUUCUUCUACUGCUCACUCUGUGCUAUCAUCUGUCUUUGGGGUCAUCAUCAUGUCACUUACGGCUGCCAUCACAAUUAUCUUUGAAUGAGAGACAAUGCCAAUUUUCAAGCUUAAUUUGGUUUUAAAAACAAGAGUUUCCGCUAACUCAUUGGCGAGAUGUUGAUGUUGCCACAUUUUUUUAAGCUUGUUCAUGAAUUAUGAUGAUUUUAUUUUAGUUCGAUCUUAAUAUCACAUCUAAACUUUAAUUUA